GGGGGCCAAGAGGACACACGGCCUAUCCAUCCCCAUCACUCCCCCCCACAUCUGUGCGCCACCCGCAGCAAAGCCAUCAGCCAUGGCCUCUCCCGACGCCGCCGCCACCUUCCAGCUCUACCGUCCCAUGUCAACGUCAAUGCCGACGCCGACGCCGACGCCUCAGACGAUGACGUUGCCUUUCUCGUCAGAGGGCGGGGACGCCGUGGUGCCAGCGUCGACGAGGAAGCCGGCAAAGGCCGGCGGCAAGGACCGGCACAGCAAGGUGAACGGGCGCGGGCGGCGCGUGCGGAUGCCGAUCGUGUGCGCGGCGCGCGUGUUCCAGCUGACCCGCGAGCUGGGGCUCAAGUCGGACGGCCAGACCGUGGAGUGGCUGCUCCGCCAGGCCGAGCCUUCCAUCCUCGCCGCCACCGGCUCCGGCACCACCCCCGCCGUCUUCUCGUGCUCCUCCGCUCCCUCCGCCUCCGUGUCCCUCCUCGGGAAGCGCCCGCGCGAGGACCAGGAACCGGCGCCGUCGUCGUUCUGGGAGGCGCUCCAGGCGCGGCCCACCAUGGCCUGGGGCCUCUCCCCGUCGCAGGAGGCGCAGGCGUACGCGUCGGUGGCGCAUCAGGGGCACGUCCACCACCACCACCUGAACCUGCUCUCCACGCUCUCCGGCGCCGCGAGGCCACCAGAGGAGGAGUCCCGGUGACUGCCGCUAGCACUCAGCCUCGAUCUCUACGUGAUCGCAUGAGCUGACCGCGUGGUUACCUCUGCCCUGGUGUUCGAUCUUGCUGUUGUGUGGCUUGCCCUGCGUACUCUCGCAUUUGAUUCGUGCUUCUGUCUGCGUGCAUUGUGUGUGCUUGUUUUUUGCUUGGUUUCUGGUUGGAUCAGAAGAAUGGAGAACGUGAUCAGAGAUUCAGAUAUCCGGAGGUGUCAACUGUAGAUACAGGUCCUUAUUAGAUCGAUCUUACUCGAUGGAUUCGUCGGGUUUAUGCUUGUCCUUGUUACACUGUGCUGUGUGUGCCACUGCCAUGGUUCUGUGAUUCUGUCAUGCUGCGCCGUGGCGACUGAUCUAACACAGUGCUGGAGUGUUGUAUGUCUCGUGUCUGGGUUGUUGUUUUGUUUCAAUAGAAUUUUCUCCAUCUCUACAA